AUGCAAUUCCGUUCGCCUACAGCCGCCAGGAGUUCCCUGGCGCCGCAGGCAGCGUCCUCCUCCGAAGCAGCGGAGCCUGCACCUGGGCAGCCUGGACCUUCCUGCCCUGCCCUCGGGGCCUCGCGCGGGGGGCGCCUCCGGACACCCCCUGCGGGCCGGGUGGAGGAGGAAGAGGAGGAAGAAGAAGACGUGGACCAGGUUCCCUACCCUACACGUAACACCUGGCUGCGCUGCUGCCACUUAUCUUUUAGGGGGAGAAGAGGAGAGCCGGGGAGAGCCAUGGGGGGCUGCGAAGUCCGGGAAUUUCUUUUGCAAUUAGGUUUCUUCUUGCCUCUGCUGACAGUUUGGCAGGGAGACUGCAGUCACGUCUCCAACAACCAAGUUGUGUUGCUUGAUACAACAACUGUGCUGGGAGAGCUAGGAUGGAAAACAUAUCCAUUAAAUGGGUGGGAUGCCAUUACUGAAAUGGAUGAACAUAAUAGGCCCAUUCACACAUACCAGGUUUGCAAUGUAAUGGAACCUAACCAAAACAAUUGGCUUCGUACAAACUGGAUCUCCCGAGAUGCAGCUCAGAAAAUUUAUGUGGAAAUGAAGUUCACACUGAGGGAUUGUAACAGCAUCCCUUGGGUCUCAGGGACUUGCAAAGAAACCUUUAAUCUGUAUUAUGUGGAAUCAGAUGAGUCCCAUGGAACUAAAUUCAAGCCAAGCCAAUAUACAAAGAUUGAUACAAUUGCUGCAGAUGAAAGUUUUACCCAGAUGGAUUUGGGUGAUCGUAUCCUCAAACUCAACACUGAAAUUCGUGAGGUGGGGCCUAUAGAAAGGAAAGGAUUUUAUCUGGCUUUUCAAGACAUUGGGGCAUGCAUUGCCCUGGUCUCCGUCCGUGUUUUCUACAAAAAGUGCCCCUUCACUGUUCGCAACUUGGCCGUGUUCCCUGACACCAUCCCAAGGGUGGACUCUUCCUCUUUGGUGGAAGUCAGGGGUGCUUGUGUGAAGAGUGCAGAAGAGCGUGACACUCCAAAACUGUAUUGUGGAGCAGACGGGGAUUGGCUGGUUCCUCUUGGAAGGUGCAUCUGCAGCACCGGAUAUGAAGAAAUUGAGGGUUCCUGCCAUGCUUGCAGACCAGGAUUCUAUAAAGCAUUUGCUGGGAACACAAAAUGUUCUAAAUGCCCUCCACACAGUUUAACCUACAUGGAAGCAACUUCUGUCUGUCAGUGUGAAAAGGGUUACUUCCGAGCUGAAAAAGACCCACCUUCUAUGGCAUGUACCAGGCCACCGUCAGCUCCUAGGAAUGUGGUUUUUAACAUCAAUGAAACGGCCCUUAUUUUGGAAUGGAGCCCACCAAGUGACACAGGAGGAAGAAAAGACCUCACAUACAGUGUAAUCUGUAAGAAGUGUGGCUCAGACACGAGCCAGUGCGAGGACUGUGGUGGAGGACUCCGCUUCAUCCCAAGACACACUGGCCUUAUCAACAGUUCCGUGAUAGUUCUGGACUUUGUGUCUCAUGUGAAUUACACCUUUGAAAUAGAAGCCAUGAAUGGAGUUUCUGAGUUAAGUUUUUCUCCCAAGCCAUUCACAGCUAUUACAGUGACCACAGAUCAAGACGCACCUUCCCUGAUAGGUAUGGUGAGGAAGGACUGGGCAUCCCAAAAUAGCAUUGCUCUAUCAUGGCAAGCACCUGCUUUUUCCAGUGGAGCCAUACUAGACUACGAGAUCAAGUACUACGAGAAAGAACAUGAGCAGCUCACCUAUUCCUCCACAAGGUCCAAGGCCCCCAGUGUCAUCAUCACAGGUCUCAAGCCAGCCACCAAGUACAUAUUUCAUAUCCGAGUGAGGACUACAACAGGAUACAGUGGCUACAGUCAGAAGUUUGAAUUUGAAACAGGAGAUGAAACUUCUGACAUGGCGGCGGAGCAGGGGCAGAUUCUCGUGAUAGCCACCGCGGCUGUUGGGGGAUUCACUCUCCUCGUCAUUCUUACUUUGUUCUUCUUAAUCACUGGGAGGUGCCAGUGGUACAUAAAGGCAAAAAUGAAGUCAGAAGAGAAGAGACGAAACCAUUUACAGAAUGGGCAUUUACGCUUCCCAGGAAUUAAAACCUACAUAGAUCCAGACACCUAUGAGGACCCAUCCCUAGCAGUUCAUGAAUUUGCAAAGGAGAUUGAUCCCUCAAGGAUUCGCAUUGAGAGAGUCAUUGGAGCAGGAGAAUUUGGAGAAGUCUGCAGUGGGCGUUUGAAGACACCAGGGAAAAGGGAGAUCCCAGUUGCCAUCAAAACUUUGAAAGGUGGCCACAUGGAUCGGCAAAGAAGAGAUUUUCUAAGAGAAGCGAGUAUCAUGGGUCAGUUUGACCACCCAAAUAUUAUUCGACUAGAAGGUGUUGUCACAAAAAGAUCCUUUCCGGCCAUUGGGGUGGAGACAUUUUGCCCCAGCUUCCUGAGGGCAGGGUUUUUAAAUAGCAUCCAGGCUCCGAAUCCAGUGCCAGGGGAAGGAUCACUGCCCCCCAGGAUUCCUGCUGGCCGACCGGUGAUGAUCGUGGUGGAAUACAUGGAGAAUGGAUCCCUGGACUCCUUUUUGCGGAAACAUGACGGCCACUUUACAGUCAUCCAGCUGGUUGGUAUGCUUCGAGGCAUUGCAUCAGGAAUGAAGUAUCUUUCCGAUAUGGGUUAUGUUCAUCGGGAUCUAGCAGCUAGGAAUAUAUUGGUCAACAGCAACUUAGUAUGCAAAGUUUCUGAUUUUGGUCUGUCCCGGGUGCUGGAAGAUGAUCCAGAAGCUGCUUAUACAACAACUGGUGGGAAAAUACCCAUAAGGUGGACAGCCCCAGAAGCUAUUGCCUACAGAAAAUUCUCCUCGGCAAGCGAUGCCUGGAGCUACGGCAUUGUCAUGUGGGAGGUCAUGUCCUAUGGAGAGAGACCGUACUGGGAAAUGUCUAACCAAGAUGUCAUUCUGUCCAUUGAAGAAGGUUACAGACUUCCGGCUCCCAUGGGCUGUCCAGCGUCUCUACAUCAGCUGAUGCUCCAUUGCUGGCAGAAAGAGAGAAAUCACAGACCAAAAUUUACUGACAUUGUCAGCUUCCUUGACAAACUGAUCCGCAAUCCCAGUGCCCUUCACACUCUGGUGGAGGACAUCCUUGUAAUUCCAGAAUCCCCUGGUGAAGUUCCUGAAUAUCCUUUGUUUGUCACAGUGGGUGACUGGCUGGAUUCUAUAAAGAUGGGGCAAUAUAAGAAUAACUUCAUGGCAGCAGGCUUUACAACUUUUGACCUGAUUUCAAGAAUGAGCAUCGAUGACAUUAGAAGAAUUGGAGUCAUACUCAUUGGACACCAGAGACGGAUAGUCAGCAGUAUACAGACGUUACGUUUACACAUGAUGCACAUACAGGAGAAAGGAUUUCAUGUAUGAAAGUACUACAAGUUCCGGUGUCUUGUGCCUCAGCAUUUCUGUAAUGAAAGAUAUCAUCUCUACUAACCGCUCAUCUGAUUCUCCAAACAUCACUUUACAAACUGCAGUUUCCUGUUCAGACUACGGGGCACACACCUUUUGUUUAUGCUUCCAACCUGGAUUUUAAGAUCAUGCUUCAUAGCUCCUCUCUGAAUAACCUGCAGAUAAAACCCUGGCCCACUGCAGAUU